UGUCUGAGGCUGAACAGAGAGUUCAUUUUUAUUACUCCCCAUAUCUGGAAUUUAUUUUUACUUCAUGGUCAGAAUUCAUGCAGCAGCCUUCCAUCAGGGACAAGCAGCAGGGCACACGCUGGACUAAUUUCGGCUGCAGCAGAAAAAAAUGGUUACAGUCAAACUCCUCAUUCUGGGAGCUCCGAACACUGGGAAAACAGCCCUGUGUGUUCGUUUCAUAACCAAGCGAUUUAUUGGAGAAUACGACCAUAAAAAGGAGGUGACCUACAAAUGCAGCCGGGUACUCGACCAGGAAACUGUUGAUCUGGAGAUUCUCGACUUAACUUGGAAGGAGAGCUCUGUAGCUUCUCUGGAGUCCUCCAUCCGCUGGGCUGAUGGUUUUCUGCUGCUCUACUCCGUCACACAACGCUUCAGCUUCCUGGAGGUCCCACGGCUCAAAGCACUCAUUGACCAAACCAAGCAGAAUCUGGUUGUUCCUGCAGUGCUGGUAGCCAACAAGGCAGAUCUGGAAAUCGGCAGGCAGGUGACAACAGAGGAAGGACAGAGACUGGCCAAAGAUUUAAGGUGUGGUUUCAGAGAGUUGUCUGUGGCAGAAGCGGCCCUGGCAGUGGAAGCAGCGAUGCUUCAGCUCGUCAGGCUGGUGUUGGAUCAGCAGCGCCCUCUGCCUGACCGUCGCUCCUACAUGCUGACUGUUCGCCACGCUCUGACCAGGAAACUGACCAGAUCUAAGACCAUGCAGUGGUGACAAUGGCAAACCACCACCACCACCCCCUAAUGGGAGCAAUGAAUAAAUAAAUUGUAGCUUACGAUCAUUUUUGUCGUGUUAGUGUUAAAAGUAUCUCCUGUAUCUGUCAUCCAGAUUGAGAGCUAUCAUGCAUCUUCUGGGUUUCUGGAUUUGUGGGUGAUGAGACCAGGAUUUAAAAAAUAUAUGCUCACCAGACACUUUAUUAGGUACGCCUUGCCAAUUGGACCCUCUUUUGCCUUCAGAGCUGCUUUCAUUCUUCAUGGCACAGAUUCAACAAGGUGCUGGAAAUAUUCCUCAGAGAUUUUUGGUCCAUAUUGAUGUGACAACAUCACACAGCUGCUGCAGAUUACUGGAUCUGUUCUCUUUUCCAGACUUUUCUCUGUAAACUCCAAAGAUGAUUGCACAGGAAAACCCCAGCAGAGCAGCAAUUUCUGAAACACUCAGACUAGCCUGUCUGGCACCAACAACCUGAAGUUCAAAGUCACACCUCUAAAACACACUGUAAGACACUUCUGUUGUCUAUGUUGAUGCUUGGGUUGAACUUCAGUAGGUCAUUUGACCAUGCAGACAGCUACCUAAAGUUGCUGGUGAAUGUAUAUAGAAACAUACUGAGUAAUUUUCUGUUAUUUGUCUGCUAUGAUAUGUUUAUUAGAUAGUUAAUAUCAUGAUUAAACACAAGCAUUUAUGUUUAUUUUCAUGCACAAAAAUGUUGUUUUUCCAUAUAUGUUCCAUCCACCAGCAGGGGGCGGUACAGUUAUUUGGUUUGGUGCAGAUGUCAGUCUUCCAAAUGUGCAAUUUGGACAGUGCAUAUUUAACUACCCACUUUGGUGUGGAAGGAGUUGAGUGAUCUCCACAAAGAUCUGACCUCAAGCCCUUAACAAGUUUACGGGUCACUAAACUGCAAAAUCUUGAGGAAAACCUUCGUUGAAAAGAGAAGGGCCGCUAUUGCAGAAGAUAAACGCAUCAUUUUGCAAUGAGAUGAUCAAGGAUCGCAUAUUUCAUUUUUAGGCCCUCAUAUACUUUGUUAUUGCUGUCACAAGUUCAUGUUUAUACUGUCAUGUUUUCAUUUAUGAUGUAUAUAUCUACACGGGAUUCUUUCCAGUCAGCAGAGUUCAUCAGUGUGUGAGAAACAGUUAAA